CACACACACACAAAACAGGUUCAUAGAAGGAAACAACACAAAAUGAAAGUGAAAAGAUUUGAGUCACGCAUUCUACACGCAUGUCUGCCUAAAGACAAGACGAGUGAGAGAGCAACAGCAGAGUUUGUGUUGUGGCCAGCCCUGCUCUUCUGUCAUCGUCACAGGAGACCGGGAAUCGAACCAAGGUCAGACUCGGAGCCUGAUAUAAAAGAACCAGACAAACCUGGAAGAGACAAGCGCGAAAACGACCAGAAGAAGGACAAGCAGGCCGGGGGAGAACGGAAGAGGGAGAGGCCUCCAACUCGGCCCCAGAACGACGGGCCGCUAGAAACUUCCAGAACCGGUAAACAUCCACAAGAGAGACACGCAGAAGAGAACAAGCACAGGGACCCUGCCGACACGGGGAAAGAGAGACGUACGGAGGCGCUGAGGAAGGAGACACACAUUCAAGACCAUCACAACAACCGACACGAGCAGGAAACCAAGACGGCCCGCCCGUCAGAGGAACACAAGGACAGGUGUCCGGAAGAACCCAGAAAAGACAGAGGUUCCGAGGACGAGCGGAGAGAGAGACACGCGGAGGCGUGCAGGAACGAGAGACGCUCGCACGAGACACCCAAAGAGAGACCCGCCGACAACCACAAAUGGGUGUUUGAGAGGAGAAGUGUGUUGGAUGGGAACAUUCUGUACCCCUCCCGGUACCCCUCUCCUCCCCGGACCCCCCAUCCCCCUCGCCCUCUUCCUCCGGUCAAACGUCCGUCCGUGGAGGUGACCAGAGAGAGGAAGGACUCCACGGACUCUCUGCCCUCCUCCCGUCCUCCCCGUGCGCACCCCCCCAAGUCCACCUCUCCUCCGCCCAGACGGCCUUCUCUGGAGGUGAAGAAGGAGAGGAAGAAAGCUCCGGACCCCAACGCCCCGCUUUCCCCUCUUCCUCUUCACCUUCAUCCUCCACCUAAGCCCUCCUGCGUGCUGGAGGUCAGGAAGGAGAGAAAAGGGCCCCCGGACCCCAAUGCUCCUUUCGCUCCUCUUCCUCUUCAUCUCCACCCCCCGCCCCCCACGAAGCGCCUGUCGGUGGACGGAAAGAAGGAGAGAAAGGAGACGUCCGAAUCCAGACCCGUUUCUCAGAAGAGCCCGUGUGACCACGUGAAACACGACAGGAAAAACUCAUCAGAGAGCAAAGCACCCAAAGUAUCGUCUGUGGAAGCUAAGAAAGAAAGAAACGACUCAUCUGAAUCUAAACCACAAGCUCCUAAACGGUCGAUUGUGGACGGCAAGAAAGACAAAGACAGGAAGGACUCGACGGACUCCAGGCCUGGACAUCCAGUCAAAAGACAUUCAUCGGACUCCAAACCAGACAGGAGGGAGUCCACUGACUCCAAGAAAGCUGUAUCCCCACCGGCUAAGAAGCUCUCUGGUGACAGAAGGGAAUCGCAUGGCUCCAAGUCCUCCCCCUCCGCCACUCUGCAGAGGAAGGCCUCCACCGACAGUAUCGAACGGAGAGUAAAACCAGACACCCCCAGGUCCCCCACCACCCCGACCAGCCCCAUGUCUCCCUCCUUAUGCUCGGCAGGGGGUCCGCUGUCCCCUCGCCUGGCCACGGGGGACUCCGUCAGGGACAAGUGCAUCGAGAUGCUGGCGGCUGCGCUGCGUACAGACGAUAACUACAAAGAAUUUGGGACGAACUGUGAUGCCAUGGCUGCAGAGAUGGAAGACCAUAUCUACCAGGAGAACCGAGCCACGGACAUGAAGUACAAGAACAGGGUCCGCAGCCGCAUCAGCAACCUGAAGGACCCCAAGAACCCAGGUCUGCGGAGGAACGUUCUGGCAGGAGGCAUCGAGCUGAGCCGCUUCGCUGUCAUGACUGCCGAGGAGAUGGCCAGUGAUGAGUUGAAACAGCUGAGGAACGUGCUGACCCAGGAGGCCAUCAGGGAGCACCAGAUGGCCAAGACAGGAGGCACCUCCACCGACCUUCUGCAGUGCGGAAAGUGCCGGAAGAAGAACUGCACCUACAACCAGGUCCAGACCCGCAGUGCUGAUGAGCCCAUGACCACCUUUGUGCUGUGUAACGAGUGUGGAAAUCGCUGGAAGUUCUGCUGAUGUUGUGCUGCUGCAGCCAGGAGUCUGGGAGGUCAAAGGUCACCUUAUCUGCCCCGAGGGAAUUCUGUCUUGGACAUUGCCCAUCACACAGAACAAUAACAUUGCUUUUUCUAAAGGGAAAAGGGGAAUAAUGGAUGAUGAAUCUUUGUGUUAAGUGAUUUUACACAAAAAAACAGUGUUUUGAGAUACUUGCAAUUUAUACUUGACUUUUUAAGAUUGGUAAGCAUGAGAUUUAGACUGGGAUUUAAUUCAUGUUAACAUUGUCAUGGGCUGGGUGGAGGGGUGGGUGGAGGGGUGGGUGGAGGUGUCUGUGCAGGUGGGUGAUUGAGUCAUUGAUGUAUCCUGUUGAAUCACAAGCUACACUAAGGUGCUUAUGUUGUUAAACGCUGAUAUAAAUUUCACUAAUAAAAAGCUGAUUUUA